AUGGUUAAAGAAACCAAGUUCUACGACAUUCUCGGCGUCUCGCCCGACGCCGACGAGUCCAAGCUCAAGACCGCAUACCGCAAAGGCGCCCUGAAGCACCACCCCGACAAGAACGCCCACGACCCAGCCGCGGCUGAGAAGUUCAAGGAGAUCUCACAUGCAUACGAAACCCUAUCAGACCCACAGAAGCGCCAGCUCUACGAUCAGUAUGGAGAGGAGGGACUCGAGCAGGGUGGAAUGGGCGGUGGUGGCAUGGCCGCCGAGGACCUGUUCGCACAGUUCUUCGGCGGCGGCGGCGGAGGUGGCUUCGGAGGCAUGUUCGGUGGUGGCAUGAGGGAUACAGGCCCAAAGAAGGCGCGAACGAUCCACCAUGUGCAUAAGGUCUCGCUGGAGGACAUCUACCGCGGCAAGGUCUCCAAGCUCGCCCUCCAGAAGUCCGUCAUCUGCCCCAAGUGUGAAGGUCGAGGAGGCAAGGAAGGCGCUGUCAAGACUUGCGCCGGCUGCAAUGGCCAGGGUAUGAAGACCAUGAUGCGCCAGAUGGGUCCCAUGAUCCAGCGAUUCCAGACUGUCUGCCCCGACUGCAACGGUGAGGGCGAGUCCAUCCGUGAGAAGGACAAGUGCAAGCAGUGCAACGGCAAGAAGACCACCAUUGAGCGGAAGGUCCUACACGUUCACGUCGACCGUGGUGUGCAGAACGGUACCAAGAUCGACUUUAGAGGAGAGGGUGAUCAGAUGCCGGGCGUGCAGCCAGGUGACGUCCAGUUCGAGAUUGAGCAGAAGCCUCACCCACGCUUCCAGCGCAAGGGCGACGACCUCUUCUACCAUGCCGAAAUCGAUCUCCUGACUGCUCUGGCCGGCGGCGCGAUCUACAUCGAGCAUCUCGACGAGCGAUGGUUGACUGUUGAGGUUCUGCCAGGCGAGGUCAUCUCUCCAGGUGAGUAAAAUGCCAUCUCUCUGAACAAGCAUGCAGUUGCUGACAUUUCUUCCAGGCGAGAUCAAGGUCAUUCGCGGACAAGGUAUGCCCUCGUACCGACACCACGACUUCGGCAAUCUUUACGUCCAGUUCGACGUCAAGUUCCCCGAGCGGAUCUCCGGCCCACCAGACGAGAACGGCUACCCGACCACUAUGACAGAACAGCAGAUCAAGGCUUUGGAGUCUGUUCUUCCACCCCGCAUGCCACAGAAUAUCCCACCGCCAGACGCCAUGACCGAGGACUACACGCUCGAGAAGGUGGACCCUACGCGGGAGGGCCAGCGAGCACAAGGAGCGACGGACGAGGACGACGAGGAGAUGGGAGCCGGAGGCGAGCGCGUGCAAUGCGCAUCGCAGUAA